AUGAAGGCGAUUCUAAUACAAAAUUCCCGUUUAAAGAACUGUUAUGUUACACUAACUCGGUAUAAAAAGUUAAGUAACAGUUGGAAGUAUGCAAGGAAUCCUAGUUAUUACGCUUCAACGUCAAUUCUUAUGUCAGAAAGUAAAGUAAUUCUAAGCGAAGGAGUCAUAAAAAGCAUCCUUUGCAAUGUGAGGAGGGCAAUGGCCGAUGGGCCCUUUGUAACUCCAGCCGAGCGCAGGCUCAGCGAUAUCAAUGCGUUUGCCGACGCACCACGCCUUGCACUCGCGUGUCAGCACGCAUCUAAACAUAAAGCAUUUUCUACAAUAUCAGGUCAUAGUUUCUACUCAUAA